AUGGACAUGCCCCUGAAACACCAGAUUGGUCUGAAACAAGUAGAUUUGUGGCUUUCACCAUGGCCCGACCCUAUGCUUGUUCUGGAAUUCUCAAUGCAUGUUCUUGAAAGCUGUCCAAGUCAAACCAUUGACCUGUUUUUGACCGGAAACAUCCCUGCAGAUUUGGUCAAUUCUUAUUUAAAACAACAUGCUCCCAAAAUGCAGGCUAUGUAUUUGGAAUUGAUGCUUUCAAUGAAUGAAAAUGGGAUCUCUGGGAAUCUUCAAAAUGAAAAUGGGGUUCUAGAAGCAAUUCGUAUAAGCUGUGCAGGGUACCCUACCAACAAGGCUUUUGCUGAUUUUGUUAAGCAAUUUGGUCUUCUAGUUCCCGAAGUUUUAAGAUCAAAUUCAAUCGUCGCCAUCGAUCCAAGUCGACCUCGAUCUAGAUCAAGGUCACUGAGGGUUGUUAGUUUUAUAGUAAUGUAUAACCCAUGUUAG